CAUGCACAGUGAAAGAUGGUUAGACGAUCAUUCGGAGUUUCGCCAAUGAUCUAUACAUGUUUCAUUGAUUUCUUGAUAUUUCUGCUAAUUAAAAUUGCGUGGAUCACAGUCUAAUUCAAUGUUUAUGGCGUGACAGCUUAUAGAUUAAUCAAGCAGAUGGCUAGGAAGUCCAUACGGGGGAAGGAAGUGGUAAUGGUUUCUGAUGAUGAUGAUGAUGAUGAUGAUGAUGUUGAUGAUGAUAAAAAUAUCAUCAAAUGUGUCAAACCUCUUACAGUAUACAAGAAUCUUGAAACUCCAACGGAUUCUGAUGAUAAUGAUGAUGAUGAUGAUGAUGAUGUUGAUGUUGAUGAAAACAUCAUCAAAUAUAUCAAACCUGUUGCAGUAUACAAGAAACUUGAAACUCGCUCAAAAAACAACCCAUAUUUCCUACGAAGGUCUUUGAAGUACAUAAUCCAAGCAAAGAAAAAAAAGAAGUCAAAUUCAGGUGGGAAAAUAAGAUUCAACUACAGGGAUGUGAGUAACAAAAUGACACUAAAAGCUGAAGUAGUGGAAAAUUUUUCUUGCCCAUUUUGCUUGAUUCCAUGUGGAGGUCACGAGGGCUUGCAACUUCAUUUGAAGUCAUCACAUGACGCCUUUAAAUUUGAGUUUUAUCGGGCAGAGAAAGAUCACGGACCGGAAGUUGAUGUCUCCGUGAAAAGUGAUACAAUAAAAUUUGGGGUUCUAAAGGAUGAUGUAGGAAAUCCCCAAUUGAGCCCUUUGACGUUUUGCUCGAAAAAUCGUAACCAAAGAAGACAAAGAGAUGAUAGCAAUAACGUUAAGAAACUUAAUGUACUCCUUAUGGAGUUGGAUUUAGAUGACUUACCUCGUGGCACAGAAAAUGAUUCUACUCAUGUGAAUGAUGAUAAUGUCUCAUCGCCACCAAGAGCUCACUCUUCCGAGAAGAUUAGCGACAUUUUAACCACGACUCAACUAGCAAUAGCUGAAUCCUCUGAACCUAAGGUGCCUCAUGUGAAUGAUGGUAAUGUCUCAUCGCCACCAAGAGCUCACUCUUCGGCCGAGAAGAAUGAAUCUACUCAUGUGAAUGAUGAUGAUGAUGUCUCAUCACCACCUAGAGCUCACUCUUUGGAGAAGAAUGAAUCUACUCAUGUGAAUGAGGAUAAUAUUUCAUCGCCACCAAAAGCUCACUCUUCGAAGAAGAAUGAAUCGACUCAUAUGAAUGAUGAAGAUGUCUCAUUUCCACCAAGAACUCGCUCUUCGAAGGAGACGAGCGACAUUUUAACCACAACUCAACCAGCAAUAGUUGAACCUUCUGAACCUAAGGUGCGUCGUGUUAGUAGAAGAAAACAGUUAUAUGCAAAGCGGUACAAGGCUAGAGAGACUCAACCAGCAAUAGCUGAGUCUUCUGAACCAAAGGUGCUGCAUGUGAAUGAUGAAAAUGUCUCAUCGCCACCAGAAGCUCACUCUUUGGAGAAGGCUAGCGACAUUUUAACCACGACUCAACCAGCAAUAGCUGAGUCCUCUGAACCUAAGGUGCCUCAUGUGAAUGAUGAAAAUGUAUCAUCGACACCAAGAGCUCACUCUUCAAAGAAGAAUAAAUCUACUCGUAAGAAUGUUGAUAAUGUCCCAUCGCCACCAAAAACUCGCUCUUCGAAGAAGACUAGCGACAUAUUAACUACGACUCAACCAACAAUAGCUGAGUCUUCUGAACCUAAGGUGCGUCAUGUGAAUGAUGAUAAUGUCUCAUCGACACCAAGAGCUCACUCUUCAAAGAAGAAUAAAUCUACUCGUAAGAAUGAUGAUAAUAUUCCAUCGCCACCAAAAACUCGCUCUUCGAAGAAGACUAGCAACAUUUUAGCUACGACUCAACCAGCAAAAGCUGAGCCUUCUGAACCUAAGGUGACUCGUGUUAGUAGAAGAAAAGAGUUACAUGCAGAGCGGUGCGAGGCUAAAAGAUUGGAGCGUCUUAAGGGUCGACAGUUCUAUCACUCCCAAACAAUGCAGCCAAUUACUUUUGAACAAGUAAUGUCUAACGAGGAUAGCGAGAAUGAGACUGAUGAUUAUGCUUUAGAUAUUAGCGAACGCCUGAGACUUGAACGUCUUGUGGGUGUGAGCAAAGAGGAAAAGCGAUACAUGUAUCUUUGGAACAUAUUUGUACGAAAACAAAGGGUGAUCGCGGAUGGACAUGUUCCUUGGGCAUGUGAAGAGUUUGCAAAACUUCAUAAGGAAGAGAUGAAGAAUUCUUCAUCUUUCGAUUGGUGGUGGAGAAUGUUUAGGAUUAAACUGUGGAACAACGGUCUCAUCUGCGCCAAGACCUUCCACAAAUGCACUACCAUCCUCCUCAGUAACUCGGAUGAAGCAGGACAAUUCACCUCUGGCAGUGCUGCUAAUGCCAACAAUCAACAAUCUAUGGAAGUUGAUGAAUAACAGUGGUUAGUCGCCAUGGAGAUCUCGAGAUCUUUUUCUUAGUAGUAGGGAUCAACAAGGCUGAGAUCUCUAUCUCGUUUAUUACAUUUCUUUCUAUUUACUGUGUCGUAACCUUUAAGUCUACCCUCUUACUAGUUUGUGAAUCUGUGACAUUCAGAUCAAUAAGGUUAAGCUUGAAAUUUAAAAUACUUGAGAAGG